AUGAGUCGCGUGGAGAGGCCUCCAGUUGAUCGUCCUGAUGAGGAGAAGAUAUAUAGAUUAUUGGUUGUGGAUGGCUUCACUGGGCAUACCACUCUUGCCUUUGCCGAGUACUGUAUCAAGUUUGACAUCAUCAUCGCCAUCUUGCCGCCGCAUUCCACCCAUCUCAUGCAACCGCUUGACGUUGGUGUGUUCCAGCCACUGACGGCAGCCCACCAGAAAGCACUUCGCAAAUUCCUUGCAGAGGGCAACCUAACCUUUUCACGGGUCGAAUGCCUCGCUGCAUUUCAACAAGUCUAUGAGGCUGGCUUCACGAGGCAUAACAUCAUGUCGGGAUUCGAGGAGGCCGAGUGGCGAAACACGCAAGGAAUUGCGGAUGCACAUUUCUCAAGUCAAGGACCAGAUGCAGAAGAUCGGGAUGACUACAAGAAGACCAAGAAGCAGGUGGUAAAUGGCAGGGUCAAGCAGCUGAACUUCAAACCCUGGCUUGAGCAUACCGGGAGAGAUGUCGAAUUCUACCUCCUCGAGCAAUCUCACGACACCCUCACUCAGGAACUUAAGAGGCCAUCGCAAGAGAUAUACUUCAUCGAUACCACGAAGAGGAAUAACUCAGCAAGAGAUAUCAUGGCGCGGGCGAUGACUCGACCACAUCCACUCGAGGAUAUGUCGUCGCUGCCCGGAAGUGACGACACAGUUCACUUCCCCGGCCUUAGUCCUUUCCGCGAGGAAAGAGAGGCUGACAAUAACGAUGAUCUCGAGUUUCAAUUUCACGAUGCGUAA